AUGGUUUCUGCUGCUACGUUUUUCUUUUUUGUCUACCUACUAGUGUUCGUAGUGAUAGGGUUCUUUUCCUCAUUGUUCAUAAUUCCCCUAUUGGGAAUUUCUUUUGUGUUUGCCAUUGGAGUAGUAGCAUUUGGAUUUUGCAGCAACUUGAGUUUCAAAAUGGCACAAGUCGUUUAUGUACGGGCAGAUACCUUCUUGAAAAGGGUGCUCGACAAAAUGGCGCUACAAACACAACCAGCACAACCGCAGGAAACACUUUCCACUUUAAGGCCAGUAUCCAAUCCAACCAUCCCAAGUCCACUAAGACAAACAGCGCGCCCUUCUAAGUUUGUCACUGAAGAAGACGUUAUUUUUGAACCCGUCAGUGCUCAAAGUGCCAUUGCCCGUUCCUUAGAAACUACUGCUAAAGAAGCGGGUAACGGAUACAAGCUCUCUUGA